CCGCAGCAUCCCGCCCGCCCGCCCGCGCCGCAUCCCGCCCGCCCGGCCCCGCGCCCCGGCCUCUCCGCCCGCGAGCCCGCACCUGCCCUCGGCCGAGCGCCCCCGCCCCGGGAGCACGCGAGCACCCCCCCUCCCGCGCCAGGAGAGCCCCCCAGACCCCGCGCCCGAGACCCGCGAUGGCCGAGACCAACAACGAGUGCAGCAUCAAGGUGCUCUGCCGGUUUCGGCCCCUGAACCAGGCCGAGAUUCUGCGGGGGGACAAGUUCAUCCCCAUCUUCCAGGGCGACGACAGCGUCGUUAUCGGGGGGAAGCCAUAUGUCUUUGACCGGGUAUUCCCGCCAAACACGACUCAGGAGCAGGUGUACCAUGCAUGUGCCAUGCAGAUUGUCAAAGACGUCCUUGCUGGCUACAACGGCACCAUUUUUGCGUACGGACAGACAUCCUCAGGGAAAACCCACACCAUGGAGGGCAAGCUGCACGACCCCCAGCUGAUGGGGAUCAUCCCUCGGAUUGCGCGCGACAUCUUCAACCACAUCUACUCCAUGGACGAGAACCUGGAGUUCCACAUCAAGGUCUCUUACUUUGAGAUUUAUCUGGACAAAAUCCGUGACCUUCUGGAUGUGACCAAGACCAACCUGUCUGUGCACGAGGACAAGAACCGGGUGCCAUUUGUCAAGGGCUGCACCGAGCGCUUUGUGUCCAGCCCUGAGGAGAUCCUAGAUGUGAUCGAUGAAGGGAAGUCGAAUCGUCACGUGGCCGUCACCAACAUGAACGAGCACAGUUCCCGGAGCCACAGCAUCUUCCUCAUCAACAUCAAGCAGGAGAACAUGGAGACGGAACAGAAGCUCAGCGGGAAGCUGUACCUGGUGGACCUGGCGGGGAGCGAGAAGGUGAGCAAGACGGGAGCAGAGGGAGCCGUGUUGGAUGAAGCAAAGAAUAUCAACAAAUCGCUGUCUGCCCUGGGGAAUGUCAUCUCUGCGUUGGCGGAGGGCACUAAAAGCUACGUGCCGUACCGUGACAGCAAAAUGACCAGGAUCCUGCAGGACUCCCUUGGGGGCAACUGCCGGACAACCAUGUUCAUCUGCUGCUCCCCAUCGAGCUACAACGAUGCAGAGACCAAGUCCACCCUGAUGUUUGGGCAGCGGGCGAAGACCAUUAAGAACACGGCGUCGGUGAACCUGGAGCUGACGGCUGAGCAGUGGAAGAAGAAGUACGAGAAGGAGAAGGAGAAGACCAAGGCUCAGAAGGAGACCAUCGCCAAGCUGGAGGCGGAGCUGAGCCGUUGGCGCAACGGAGAGAACGUGCCCGAGACGGAGCGUCUGGCGGGCGAGGGCGCCGCGCUGGGGGCCGAGCUCUGCGAGGAGACGCCGCUGAACGACAACUCGUCCAUCGUGGUGCGCAUCGCGCCCGAGGAGCGGCAGAAGUACGAGGAGGAGAUCCGCCGCCUCUACAAGCAGCUGGACGACAAGGAUGACGAGAUCAACCAGCAGAGCCAGCUCAUAGAGAAGCUCAAGCAGCAAAUGCUGGAUCAGGAGGAGCUGCUGGUGUCCACCCGAGGGGACAACGAGAAGGUCCAGCGGGAGCUGAGCCACUUGCAGUCGGAGAACGACGCCGCCAAGGACGAGGUGAAGGAGGUGCUGCAGGCCCUGGAGGAGCUGGCCGUCAACUACGACCAGAAGUCGCAGGAGGUGGAGGAGAAGAGCCAGCAGAACCAGCUGCUGGUGGAUGAGCUGUCCCAGAAGGUGGCGUCCAUGCUGUCCCUGGAGUCCGAGCUGCAGCGGCUGCAGGAGGUCAGCGGACACCAGCGGAAGCGAAUCGCCGAGGUGCUGAACGGGCUGAUGAAGGACCUGAGCGAGUUCAGCGUCAUCGUGGGCAACGGGGAGAUCAAGCUGCCGGUGGAGAUCAGCGGGGCCAUCGAGGAGGAGUUCACGGUGGCUCGACUCUACAUCAGCAAGAUCAAGUCAGAAGUCAAGUCCGUGGUGAAGCGAUGCCGGCAGCUGGAGAACCUCCAGGUGGAAUGUCACCGCAAGAUGGAAGUGACCGGCCGGGAGCUGUCGUCCUGCCAGCUCCUCAUCUCCCAGCACGAGGCCAAGAUCCGCUCGCUGACGGAGUACAUGCAGAGUGUGGAGCUGAAGAAGCGGCACCUGGAGGAGUCCUACGACUCCCUGAGCGACGAGCUGGCCAAGCUGCAGGCCCAGGAAACUGUGCAUGAGGUGGCCCUGAAGGACAAGGAGCCGGACACGCAGGACGCGGACGAGGUGAAGAAGGCCCUGGAGCUGCAGAUGGAGAGUCACCGGGAGGCGCAUCACCGGCAGCUGGCCCGCCUCCGGGACGAGAUCAACGAGAAGCAGAAGAUCAUUGACGAACUCAAAGACCUGAACCAGAAGCUGCAGCUGGAGCUCGAGAAGCUUCAGGCCGACUAUGAGAAACUGAAGAGCGAGGAGCACGAGAAGAGCAGCAGGCUGCAGGAGCUGACAUUUCUGUACGAGCGACACGAGCAGUCCAAGCAGGACCUCAAGGGGCUGGAGGAGACAGUUGCCCGGGAACUCCAGACCCUCCACAACCUUCGCAAGCUGUUCGUUCAAGACGUCACGACUCGAGUCAAGAAAAGUGCAGAAAUGGAGCCCGAGGACAGUGGGGGGAUUCACUCCCAAAAGCAGAAGAUUUCCUUUCUUGAGAACAACCUGGAACAACUUACAAAGGUUCACAAACAGCUGGUACGUGACAAUGCAGAUCUGCGUUGUGAGCUUCCUAAGCUGGAAAAACGACUUAGGGCUACGGCUGAGAGAGUUAAGGCCCUGGAGGGCGCACUGAGGGAGGCCAAGGAGGGCGCCAUGAAGGACAAGCGCCGCUACCAGCAGGAGGUGGACCGCAUCAAGGAGGCCGUGCGCUACAAGAGCUCGGGCAAGCGGGGCCACUCGGCCCAGAUCGCCAAACCUGUCCGGCCUGGGCACUACCCAGCAUCCUCACCGACCAACCCCUAUGGCACCCGGAGCCCCGAGUGCAUCAGUUACACCAACAACCUCUUCCAGAACUACCAGAACUUAUACCUGCAGGCUGCACCGAGCACCACCUCAGAUGUGUACUUCGCAGAGUCCUGCACCAGCGGCGGGGCCACGUCCUCCGGCGGCCCCUGGACUUCCUACCAGAAGGCCAACACGGACAAUGGAAACGCCACGGAUAUCAAUGACAAUAGGAGCGACCUGCCCUGCGGCUACGAGGCUGAGGACCAAGCCAAGCUGUUCCCUCUCCACCAAGAGACCGCAGCCAGCUAAUCUCCCCGGGGACUGCUGCGUAGCUGCAUUUUCAGUUUCUAAGAGGGACUGAGGCCUCUCCUCUCAGCAUGCUGCUCUCCUGUGGUCUCUGACACUAACUCGCGCCCCGACCCCUGUCGUUUGACUGUCCCGUGUGACGUCUCCUCUCCCUCCCUCUCUCUUUGUACUCUGUAUCUAUCUACCAGAAGCUGCUGCUGCGUCUCUGUCCCAAGUAUCUAACGAUGUAUUUAGCGAUUUCUAAACGUAGUGUAGCCCCUCCUUGCGGGGGCCCGUAGGGAGGAGGGCGGAUGUGUCUUCUUUCUCCCUCACAUACUCGUCUCUCACCCUGAUUGGUGUUAGUCCUGGAGAUGAUGGAAGGAAAAAGCGGGAGUUGGAGGGCUGCCCUCCUUCACACACAGGCGCGCGUGCAAGGGCACGCACACACCCACGCCGGUGCGCACACACGUGCACACGCGUGCGCGCACACGCCGACACACACACACACGCACCGCACACACACACACAAAGCCUUAAGCAGAAGAAGUCUUAGCAUCCAGAGAGAAAUCCACGCUUCGGCCUCCUCGCGGAGUGAGUGCAGGGGGGAACGGAAAGACUGCUACAGCUGAUGCAGAAUUUGCUUCAUCCACCUCUCACCUGAACGGAGGGAUUCUGGGUGUGCACCUGUCCUCUCAAGUCUGUCUUAUGCCUCCCUGCUCCUGGUCUCCCCUAGAAGAACAAGAACCUGGGAUCUUGUCAAAGGACUUUUUGAUCCCGAUUCUCAAGGGGCCCCUUCCCUUUCCCCUAAAAACUCCUUUUGAGAUCCUCUACACCAGUUCAUAAGCAGGAUACAGUUGUUUAAAAAAAAAUCCACCGACGGGAGCCAGAGAGAGAGUAUAGCAGAACAGGUGCUUGCCUUGCGUGUGGCUGGUCCAGGUUUGAUCCCCGGCGCCCCAGAGGGUCCCCUGAGCCCUGCCAAGCAUGACCCCUGAGCACAGAGCCAGGCAGGAGCAAGUCCUGAAUAUUGCCAGGUGUGGCCCAAAUGAACACAAUUUAAAAAGUCCAUUGAAACUUGAGACAGAGCUUUCUCAAGAGUUGGUCAAGUGACUGUUUAUCUGUCCAUGGCAGAGUCAAGACAACUGCUUCCUUGAGUUGGGGAAAGGACAUAGGCUUGGAAAUUCCCGAAUAUUUUUUUGCCACAGAGAUGAGCUGGAAUUCUAUCUGUCCCAUAUUGGGCUGCACAUUCUUCCCAUUGGGGGGGCUUCCAGCCCAUUGGCAAAAUAUCUAUCUUGAGAUACCUUCCUGUCAAGCUGGAGCCUGAUUUUUACCCAAUAUAUAUUAACAAAAAAAAUUUUUUUUUUACACAGAGUUCCUUCUAUAAUGUCCCCAUUUGGUAUUACAUGCACUUUAAAUAAAUGGACAAGAUCGAUUUUUCUGGAGGUGCAAGAGCCCUGGGGCUCUCCCCCCGCCCCUCCCCAUGUAGUUGAUAGGCCUCUCGGUUUGGUUUCCCAGUUCUUUCCUUCCACAUGGUGCUAAGGUGGUUUUCUCGGUAACUGCAGGGAUGAGAGUGGAGGUCAUGAGCCAGUUCAGGUCAAGAACAUCUGGUGUGAGGAUACCCAGUUUUCUCUAGGAGUGGAGAAUGGGAGGCAGGGCAGCCCAUCACCCAACUGCUAAGCCAGGAAAGAAAACUCAGUGUGAGAAAACUCAGUGCCCGCUGGUCAAUAGAGGCAAGAUUGGUCCAUGAUUCUGCAAGGGAAAAACAACAACAACAACCCUCCUUUAUGUGUUGGGUCCUUUUUAGCAAGGCUUUUCAAAAUAUAAUCAUUUAAAGACUUCCCCCCCCCAAAAAAAAAAACAAAUUUAAACUUUGAAGAUAAACUACCUAAACUGCUGCCAAACUGGGCUCUUAGCAUUUUUCACUCGGCGGCUUUGCUCGUGGGGGAACCUUCAUGGUCCGCAGGGAGCCACCCAGCCCCGGCAGCCUGAAGGUCCUGCUCUGGGGAAGGGGGUCCAGUCUGGCUCCCCUCGCCACUCAGCCAGGGGAGAAGGGGCGGGGCGGAGGGGCUCACGCGCUGUCUCCAGACCCUGCGGUGCAGAAGCCCCCGGGAGGCGGUGCUGGUGGUCUCCAGGAGGGCACGCCCUAACCCAGAGGGCUCUAUGGACUCUGCCACCAGAUGAUUCUUUUCACACGCAUCAGAGAAAGUGAAGGUGUCGGGCAGCCGAGGGGAAAGAGGAGAGGGGGCUGCCUUCUCUUUUGUAAGACGUAAGGGAACACGCUUGCAGAAAUAAGGAACCCAGACGCGAGCACACACACGCACAGAAAGCCUUCACCAGGGUCCCCCCACAGCCGCCUCCUCCACCCCGCCACCCUCACCACGUUUCUUUCAAAGAGCCGGGGUCCCCACAAACCCCCGGCCGGUCCACUCACAUCUGCCAAAAUGUUGCAUGCCAGCGUGGAAGACAAACCAAACUGCACAAACCCCAGUGUGUAUUUACUUGAUGUACAUAGAUGACUUUAAAAUAAAACCGAUUCAAUGAUGA